AUGCCCCGACGGCAUCUCCUUGAGAUCGAAUCGUCUUUCGUAGAUCUGGUGGCCUUCCCCUCCUUCUGCUUCCGCAGUCUGAGUUCUGGCAUGACGAUGGGUGCAGGGCGCAUCAUGCUGGGAAAUCCUUGGCCGUUGGUUGUGUCCUUGCCGUUACCUCUGUGGAUCCUAGUCCCUGUCGGACGUGCUGGUGAUGCAUUUUGGCUUCGAAGAGGCCAGAUGCUAGGUUUGCAAGUGAGCCGGCACCUGGGUUUUGCAAGCUUGUGGGACAUUUCUUGUCAAAAAAGGCAAAGAGCCUCACUCUGCACAACCACAGUCACGGCAGGCUGGACCGGGAAGUUCACGGCUGUAUGUAUGUUUUGGAGUGGCAGGGAAUGGUGCAUACGUGAUUCUGUGGCAUGCAUCUCUUCCCGAAAUCAACUCAAGCCUAUGCUCCAAUUCUUCUAA